AUGCUCGUCGCCGCCAUCAUCAGAGCUAUUCUUCUGUUCCAGGGCUCGGCAAUGUCCAAGCCUAUUGGGUCCAUCCACGAUGCUGAGGUGGCUUCGACUGCCGGGGGCAUUGAGACACGUCAGCUUCUACUUCUUGACGACAAGUCGCACUCUGACGAAAUAGACCUCAAGAAGGGGAUGGACCUCUAUCCUGCGAAUCUCGAAGAACUACACGGGAAAAGCACCUUGGGGGACCCCGCGUUCGCGCCAGGUCCGAGGGCAAGACACCUGGCACACCGUAUCUUUCUUUCCGUUCCCACGGAUGCCGAGGAACAAGAACCGGCAUCGCAUUAG